AUGGCCAGCCAGAACGAGAACGGAUUUACUGAAGAGACUCUCCGGAGAAUCUGGAAAUACAACUUCGUACUUCCGGACGGAAUCAAUGAGAAUACCUCGCCUUUCGAUACUACUCUAAGUUCUCAUGCUGCUCAGGGCAAGCCACAAGCACUGCCUGUUCCUGGUACUAAACAGCCUGGAUAUUCUGAAAUCUACAGAAAUCAAUGUUCUCCUGACAAGGUUAUCUCUGGAUACCAUCCCUCAGUCAAGACUUUUUACGAUGCUUUCUUGACAGUGGCUACUACGUAUCCUAAACGUGACUGUAUUGCUGAUCGUGAAUACGACCAGAAACUCAAGAAAUGGGGAAACUACAAAUGGCUUUCUUUUGAAGAGACUGCCAAACGUAGAACCAAAAUCGCCGCUGGUUUAGUUCAUGCUGUCAGAAAGGCCACUGGGUUUGAUCCCGCUGAUAAAAAGUACAUUGUUUCUGUGUAUGCCCCCAAUUGUGUCAACUGGAUCCUUACUGAUCUUGCCUGUCAAACUCAAAGUUUGCCAACCGUCUGUUUAUACGACACUCUUGGCCCUCAUACUUCGGAGUACAUUUUGAACUUGUGUGAAUCUCCCAUUGUUGUUUGUUCACUUGCCAAUGUCCCAAGAAUUCUAAGUCUCAAGCAUAAACUGCCUCAUGUUAAGGUUAUUGUGUCGACCAACUCGUUUGAGUCGGUUCCUGGUCAAUUUGAACCUGCCGGUCAAUCGAAGAAAGAGCUUUUGAACGUAUGGGCAAAUGACCAAGGAGUUGCUCUUUACUCUUUGAACGAAAUCGAGGCUUUGGGUGCUGACUUCCCUAUCGCGGAUCGACCUCCCAAGCCCGAGGAUAUCUAUGCCAUUAACUUCACUUCAGGAACUACUGGUAACCCCAAGGGUGCUAUUUUGACCCAUGCCAAUGUUGUUGCUGCCAUUGCCAUGGGCAGACACUGUUUAGGAAAGAAUUUCAAGCCUGACCAAGUUGCUACUGUGUAUUCAUUCUUACCUUUGGCCCAUAUCUACGAACGUAUUGCCAUGUGCAUUAUCAUGUCGCUUGGCCAUCGUCAAGCAUAUCCUCAUGGUCCUGUGACUGAGAUUUUCGAGGAUAUCCAGAUUCUUAAGCCAACUAAUGUGAAUAUGGUUCCUCGUGUGUUGAACCGUGUUGCUGCUGCUCUUCGAGCCAGUACUAUCGAGGCUCCAGGACUUGCCGGAGCUAUUUCCCGUAAGGCUCAUGAGGCCAAAUUGAACCACUUGUAUGCCACUGGUAGUCCUAAUCACCCAAUCUGGGAUUUCCUAUGGUCUCGUAAGAUCAGAAAGAAGCUUGGUUUUGACAAUUUAAACAGUCUUGUCAGUGGAUCUGCUCCUCUGUCAAAGGCCACAGUUGAGUUCCUCAAAGUGGCACUUGCUGCUGAAUUGUUGCAAGGAUAUGGAUUGACUGAGUCCAUGUCAGGUAUUUCCGUUUCGCAACCUGAGGAGCCUCUUGCCGGAUCUUGUGGUGCUGUUGCUCCUACUACCGAGCUCCGUUUCAGAGACGUGCCUGAGCUCGGAUACACGGCAAACGAUAAGCCUUUCCCUCGUGGAGAGAUCAUGCUCAGGGGUCCUCAAAUGUUUACUGGUUACUAUAAGAACAAUGAGAAGACUCUGGAAGCCUUUGACGAAGACGGUUGGUUCCACACCGGAGACGUUGGAACUGUGGACAAGCUAGGCCGUAUUUUCAUCAUCGACCGUGUCAAGAACUUCUUCAAGCUGUCUCAAGGUGAAUAUGUUGCUGCCGAGAAGAUUGAAAACACGUAUCUGGCCAACUCGUCACUCAUCACCCAGAUCUUUGUUCACGGAGACUCGACCGAAUCGUACUUGGUCGCCAUUGCCGGUAUCAAUCCCGACAGCUACGCCACUCUCGCCAACAAGGUUCUCCACAAGCGUAUCCGACCCACUGACCUUGCUGCCCUGGCAGCCACAUACGACGUUCCUGAAGUCAAGGCCGCCUUCAUCAAGGCCCUCAACGGUUCAACAGGCAACCUCCUGCAAGGUUUCGAAAAGAUCAAGAACGUCCUGCUCCGCUUUGAGCCCCUCACCCCCGAGAACGACACCCUGACCCCCACCCUCAAGAUCAAGAGACCCGCUGCUGUCAAGCUGUUCAAGGCCGAAAUCGACGCCAUGUACAAGGAGGGUCCUCUCAGCGACAGCGGAGCCCUCAACUCCACACCCAAACUCUAG